AUGUCCGAACGUCUAGAAGAACAACUGAUGGCGAUGGAAGUUAAAAUACGAGAAGAAACAAGAAAGUCUGUCAUCUUUUUUCGUGGCCGUGAAACUCAUCUAUCUACCUGUUUCAACAAGGCCACUGAAGAGACUAGGCAAUUAAACCUAAAACCCAGCAAAGAUUAUCACCUUUUACCUGAUAGCAAAAGGGUCCACCAGACGGAGUUGGAUUGCGCUGAAUUUGACAAAGACACAAUUAAGGUCAUUGUCAGAGGCGAAUUGAUAUUAGUUCAAGGUACCAAAAAAAAUCAACGAGACGAAACCACCUUGACGUAUGACAUUCCAGAUCAGUGUGAUUUGGCAAGAAUCGAGGCAGGAUUUUACUCCGACGACGUUUUGUAUAUUCGUUUUCCUUUAAAGAAUGAGCCAGAUGUUAAAGUAUAG